GGGUACAGGUGAUGUGUGAGAGUAUGAAUGUAGUGUGUGAGUAUUCACAGGCUUUCAUUUCAAGCAGUGAGCUGUUACAGUGUGACGGGUCUGGUCUACACAGAUACUAUAAUCUUUCACCAAAGUAUAGCUCUGAUUUACCGUAUCAAAAUUAAAAUUGCCUGAAAAUUCUUCUGGAACUUUGAGAGAAGGAUGGGGACAGUCUCUGAUGACAUUAGGAGGCUUUUGGAGGACUGUGAGCUCUUUGUAUCAGAUAUCCUACAGGACGAGGACCUCAGUAAACAUGCCAGAGAAACACGGGACGUCCUACUUAAUAACUUCAGGGUGGUCCACUCCAGAAAUCCUCAGGAGUUUCCUUUCAGAUCUGAGUCCAGACAGGAGGACAGUUCAGAUGACAACCAGAGCUCAAGUCUGGGCCGCUCGGCCCCCUCAGACGACCUGUCUGUGGCCUCUGACUACCAGGACGAGGGCUCUCCUGAGUACUUUGAGGAGAUCCAAAUGGUGGCAGCCCAGGAUCUCAGUAACAUCUUGAAACAAGGCUACCUGGAAAAAAAACGACGAGAUCACAGCUUCUUCAGCUUAGAAUGGCAAAAGCGAUGGUGUGUCCUCAAUAACACAAUAUUCUACUACUUUGGGAGCGACAAGGACAAGCAGCAGAAGGGCUCCUUCUAUAUCAAUGGCUACAGCGCAGAGCUGGUGGCCAACCUACGUAAAGACUCCAAGAAGAAUGCCUGCUUUGAGCUGAGUGCCCCUGACCGACGCUCCUUCCAGUUCACUGCUAGCAGUCCGCGAGAGGCCAGGGAAUGGGUGGAUCAGAUAAACUUUGUCCUGAAAGAUUUGAGUUCCAGCUUCAUCCCCUUUGAUGACGAUGAGGAAGAGGAAGAAGAAGAGGAGGAGGAGACCUAUGAUGACAUUGAGGGGGUGACCGGGGCGGCCAGCCCUCCUCAUCGUCCCACCCCCGCCCCCGUCCUGCCCCAGCAGGCCAAAGCCUCUCUCAGUAGCCAGGAGGAAUGGAGGCCCAAGCAGGGGGGGCAAGAGGAAGCAGAGGAGGAUGAUAUCUACGAGGUGCUCCCCGACGAUGACUUUCCAGAACCAAUUGAGGAGAUCAGUGAGAAGAGCACAAAGCCAGUCUGGUCCAUGGACUAUGCCAACUACUACCAGGGCUUGUGGGACUGUGAGGCAGACGAGCCUGAUGAGCUGGCCUUCCAGAGAGGUGACCUCAUCUAUAUCGUCAGUAAGUCUAACUCCAACCCAUCCAUGGUCCAAUCCAAGGCCAGAGGGGGGGUGCCUAUCAGAUGUUCAGUAAUGGGAUUGUGGUACAUUACUGAGUCUGUAUCUGUAUCAUGGGGGUUAAUGGAGAGAGCAGCCAUGCGAAACCCUGCUGUGUUCAACACAAAUUGCAGGAGUAUAACAUCCAUGGCUGGUGGGUCGGAGAGCUAAAUGGUACCAUUGGUAUCGUCCCUAAAGACUUCCUCCACCCUGCCUACAUCCUCUGAGCUCCAAGAAGUACUGGAUCACUCUCUUAUCGUUAAGAUUAUAAAAUAAUUUAAUGGAGUAAUGUAGCGUAACAGGUCUCCUGACACCCACUGAGAUAGCCAUUGAGAGAGCAGGAUAUGUGUAUAUUCACAGCGCUUGGCCGGCCAUUUAGGACAUCUGGUGGCUGAAAGUAGAACUGCGUGGGAAAUUGAAUCAGCAUUAUAGACAGGUUGGUUGUUUAGCAACAAAACCGUCGCGUGUGCAAUUAUGGGGCAAAAGAACUGGCUUAGGUGGUUGACAGCAUGUAAACUAUAUUUAGUCUCUAAAUGUUUAUUGAAAAUGUAAAUAUAUUUGCACAAUGAGCACUUGUUGUAUUUCAAAUACAUAGUUGCAGUUGUUGGGUAGCAAGCUAAUUCAUUUUUAGCCAUAUUAGCGUAAACGUGUCAUGAGUCAAAACAAGAAAUGGUAUCAAUAACAAGAUGCAAUGAGCUGAAACGAGCCACCUACAAUUCCCCACAUGGCAGCUUCUUCUCAUUGUUGCUAGCUAUCUGACCAUCCAGAAUCAUUACACCACAUGGCCUUCUGCAUCAUCGACGUGCGCGCAUCGUCGUUUCUUGACAUUGUCAGCUAACCCGUCUUUAUAGAUAUUGAUAUGCUCAGUAAUGCUUAAUUAUAGCAUCAUUGACAUCAUCAUUGGAUUGGGGAAAAUGAUUCCAAUUAUACGCCAUAGAAAAAAUAUCACACUGCACAAUACUACAGGAACUGUAUGUUACACAUUCCGCUCUGAUGAUCGUUUAUCUUUGUAUUAUGCCUUACUUCUACAGUUGAGUGAUGUGACUGACUGCGUUCCCAGCCCCAAACACUGAACACUUCGAGAUUGCUGACAAACUGAGAUAUUUUAUUAUUUCGUAAUGUAAUGCAAUGCUGUUAGUGUAAGGUUUUUGUAGAAUGUUUUUGUAAAGAUUGACUUAAUUUCCAUGCAUAAAUGACAUUACCUUGGUCCUUCUGAGGCCUUUGGUCUACACAUUGAAUUAUGGAUCAUGUCGAAAGGUUUCCUCUAUCCAAUUGUUUCCAGUGUGCAGUAUUUGUACCCAUGUGUGUGAAUGGAAAUGGCCAGAUAUUUAUGAAACAUUAAGCCCCUGUGACUAAAAUAGGAAAUCCUCACCUCUGAGUGAACUGGGGGCUAUUUGACAUUACAAAGCAUACUGACUUGUGCCUUCAACAGCCUUGAUGCUGACAUUAAGAUAUAUAGGCAACAAGGGUGCAGGCAUGCUCCACUAUCUUGUUUCAAUUAAGAGUUUGAAAUUGGAAUACCUGAUAAUUAACAAUAUCAAGAAAAAUACUAUAUUUUGAUUGUUGAACUUGUACAAUUAUAUUUUCUUAGCCUAAUGGUUGUGUUUUUCUUAUGGUUUGGACCUACUGGCCUUUUAUGUCCGAGUGAAUUGAUUGGGUGCUUAUGCUUUAACAUCAUGCUGUUUGUGACUGCUGUCUUUCUAUAGGCUUUUUGUGUUUUAAAAGAAGUGCACUCUCCUACA